AUGUCACAUCAACUCGUCAACUCCCGAAAGAAAAGCAAAACAUUCGGCAAACUUCGCGAUGCCACGAGCACUUCACGGCUUCACGAGAAUAACCUCAUGGGUCUUCCGGGCCUCUUGACUGCCGAAGCCGAGGAUAACACGGCUUUGCGCCGUGUCCUUCGGGCGUCCGCGUCUUGGAACCAGCACCACUGCCACCAAAUCACCACAACUACCGGCUACUCCCUUUUUGCUUCGGGACAACUCGACGCGAUAUCAGCCUUUGAUGGAUAA